CAACAACUGUUAGAGCCAUAGCUAUGUCCAUGCCGUCUUCCGUAACCUAGCUUACAAUUUGACCUGAUCUCUGAAAUAAUAAUGGAAACUAUACUUGAUGUUUUAAUUAAUAUUUUAAUUAUGCACUAAUUGUAGUCACUUCAUUCUUUGGGUAAGCCAACAAUUAUUAUUUUAUUGAAUGGUGGAGACUUACUUUUGGAGUAUUUAAUAGUACUAGAGUAAAUAGUACUGACACCCUCGGCUCCGUCAGUCACCGACUAGUAAAAGAAGUACUAUUUUUAUUAAUAAAUUCCGAUUUACUAUUUAUAUUUUGAAGUCCACGACCACUCAGCCCACUGACGACUUCGAACUUGUUUUGCAAACUCUAGCCCUAAACUGAGUGAUAAUUGGAAAUUUAUUAUUUAGGCCAAGUCUACUGUACAGUGAUUGAUUACUAUACUAUGAUUAUGAUACAGUAUCAUUCAGUGGCCUGCCUAAUUUAAAUAAAAUCAAAAAAAAUAUUUUGGCUAGGGCAAGUCCCAAUAAAAUAAAAUGAUAGAGUAGACUUUUAGUCAGAAUAGAAUAAAAUGAUAGUUGACUUUUACAAAUUUGAGUAGACCUGCUCAGCUUACUCUUAAUAUUAAUAUUAUAUUAAUAAUUAAUAGUCUUAAUAACUCCCUCUCAUUCUAGUCUAAUCAAAAAGUCAUUCUAUUUAUUUUUAGCUUAGCCUUGGGAAUAACAAGUUGCAUGUAUGAUGAAAUCAAAUUGAGAAUUGGUAAAUUAAAUCUCACACUAACUUAGUGAGAUUAGUGUGAAUAAAUUAACUCGUACUCAUUUUGAUCAUUCAUUUGAUUUGCUUCAUCAUCUUCAGUCUAAGAAAUUUCGUGUGACUGAUCAUCUGAUUGAGUUGUGAUUAGACCAUUUUUUUAGGCGAGGUCUAUAAAAAAUUGCCAAAAUUCAAUAUUUAGAUUUUAGGCUAUACUAUAUUUAAAUUUUAAUGGUGAAAUGAAGCUUAAACACAAAAAUAAUUAGAAUAAGACUAAUGCAGGGCCGUGUGAUCUUUUAACAUUUUAAUUAAAGUUUUUAAUAGUUCUGAUUCUAAUAGACUAACGUUGCUGCAAACAAGUACUGCAGUGGUUCUCAACCUUUCUAGUGCCGCGACCCCUUAAUAGAGUUUCUCGUGUCGUGGUGACCCCUUAGCCACACAAUUAUUUUCGUUGCUACUUCAUAGCUGUAAGGAUAUAGGAUUUCAGAUGGUCUUAGGCGACCCCUGGAAAAGAGUCCCGCGACCCACAAAGGGGUCGCGACCUUCAGGUUGAGAACCGCUGAAGUACUGGCAUACGUGUAACGGUUUGGAAAUGAUGCGGCUAUCCUAACCGCUCCUAGCGGGUGCCAGGGCAGCCUUGAAACUCUCAAUUGAUUUCGAGUCCACGGCAGCAUUGUCUAGUUGGUUCCAAGCAAUUAUUGUUUGUGGGAAGAAGAAAUGUUUAUAUUGAACUGUGUUACACCGAGGCACAGUGAAGCAUUUAUCAUUGUUCGGAUGUAACUGCUCAUGGAGUUGUCAGAGGUGAAGUCAGUGUUUAUUAUGCGUUAGGCUCUGAUUAAGCGACCUGGCUUCUGUGGGGUUAGAUACGUGUUAGCAGGAAUGGCCGGCACUAGCCCCUUGACCACUUUAUAGAGAAAUGUUAGACAGAGCUUUUCUUGUCUGUCUUUGAGGGAGGAGAUGUCAAAUCUUUUUAAGAGGUCGGUGACGAAGCCAGGAGUGGUGGAUUUGUAGUCGCUUGCGAUGAAGCGCACUGCGUUGUGUUGUAUUCGCUUCAUUUUGUCCACGUCUUGCUUCAGGUAUGGGUCCCAGAUUAUUGCACCAUAUUCUAGUUGUGGACGGAUGAGUGUGAGAUGGGGAUUUCGUUUGCAGGAUGUUGGGCAGUGGCACAGAUUUUUUAAGUGAUUAGGGCAUUUAGUAUUUAGGGCUAAAACUUAAACUGAAAAAUUUAAUCCUCAUCUUUAUCCUGCACUGUUUUCUGAGGUUAUCUUGAUUUACAAUAACAUGAAGGUUAUAAGAAGCAAAGCCUCCCAAAAUUUGUGGUUAUUGGCCUAUUAAAAUUUAAAUUUAGAAAUGGUAUGGCUUCUCCUCAGUUACCUAAUUUCCUUAAUUUACUAGGGCUCAGCCUGGUACACCUGGAAAUACCAGGACCACAGCCAAUGUCAUGUAAUGGAACCAGAUAGGGUGGUUAAAUAAAAUUAUAUAUAUCCGACAAGUGAAUGGUGCGAAGCAUUGCCAGGAACAUUAAUCUGUUACUGUUAGUUAUUCUGUUUCGUCAAAUUCAGAUUAGUUUUCACAUAUUUUUUAGACCAUUUGGAGACUUAGUUCCUCUUUACAUCAUUGUCUUUACUUUUUUGAUUAAACACUUGUACCUUGUGUAAAAAUAAAUCAAUCAAAACCAAACAACAGGAUCACUUUACUUCCUUUAUAUUUAUAUGGACUAUGAAAUGGAGUGGAUACAAAAGAAAGAAAUUUUUUUGGUUAAAAUGACGCAAUUAGAAUUUAGUUUUUAUUUUACAUUGAAAUGCAGCUUUUGUCGCAAGUAUAGUUAGUGCUUCUAGAUUGUAAAUUCAAGGCUGACCUGUUGCAAGUUGUAAAUACUUGACACUAAGUCUAGAAAUGGAACAGACAUCACAAGGCUUCAAUCGAUCAGGCUUACCUUUGAUGCAUUUGUGAUCACUACUGGCUCUACAUAUGCAGUUUUCACUUUGCCCCCACUUUGCAACACAUUUCUGAUUUUCUAUAGAUAAUUCCAGAAUUAUAAUACCCAGACUCGGAUCCUCUGGGUAUAAUCUCAAAAUACUCUGACCUGAUACCUGGACAAAAAAAACGACACCUACUCAGCCCAACUAUUUACUCAGUUUAUUUUAGUUUGUUGUAAGGAAGGAUGAUAUCCCAGAUAUCAUUUAAAGUUACAAUGUCAGUGCUUCUUCUAAUAUCUAAUUUCAAUAUUUCAAUAUAUAUACAUUAUUGGACAAAGAUCUUUAUCCUUAUGACAAUGAUGGUUUUAAUUGAAUUAGCUCUCCUUUGUUUAUAAAUUAGAAAUGACAUGACACAAGGGUGAAUUGAAGUUUAUUCUGAAGUUUUAUCCUAAUAAUCUUUGAUAUAAAUAAAUAAAUCAUAAUUAUGAUUAGUUUUAAUGUUUAAGUUUUAUUCCAUUAUAAAAUAAAAAAAAUUAAUAAUUUUUUGGUAAUAGGUUUUUAAAUCUACAUUUUGUCUUUUAUAUAAAGUUUUUUUUUUUUAAAAGUGACUAUUUUUUCCCAAGGUGGCAGAUCCACAAGUUUUUCUCCACUUUCAAAUCGAUUGAGAAGCAGAAAAAAGGAAAGCCUAAGAAGCAGAAAUAAAAGAACUAAACAGACAUCUUUACCUAAGCAAGAUGAUAUUUUUUAAAAAAUUGUCAAAGUUUUUAGGAAGUGGAACUGUUAAAUCAAACAAUGUUCUGUCAUCUUUAUGCCACAGGUGUUCCCAAAUCUCUUUUAACUCCUUUGCUGAUAGCUCAUCAAGAUUUCUCCUGGGUCAAAACUCUAAUGAGAAGCUUCGAUUUAUAAUCAGUAACUUAAGCACUAAAUUAAACUUGAUGAGCAUUGUUUUGACCCAGCAAUGCAAUCGUGUUGCUGCUUUGCGGCUUAGAAGAGCAUUUCAAAUUCUUGUUUUGUAUCAGCGAAUUUAUGGGGAACAAUUAUUGAUGAACACAAUCAAGAAAAAUAUGAGCAUUAAAAGUCGGCCAUUGAUAGCGUUGUUGUCAGCAGCUUUCUUUCAGUGGGAAAAAGAAAGGGUCACUGAUGAAGAACUUAAAAAGUGAGUAUUUCUAUCAGAGCUGCCAUAUGUGUUUUUGUUGUCAGGUUAAAAGAGCAUAAAUGAUCCUGCCAGUUUAUAUGGCAGAAUUGAACAUCCAGUUUUCAUGGCAGAAGUAAACAUGAUGAUCACCUUUAUCAGCAAAUUAGCUUAUAAAUUAGAUACCUGUAUAAAAGUACAUUUUUGUAAAAAUGGAAACAAGGAGAAAGGGAAAAUUAACAUAAAAGCCAAGAAAAAUAUAGAAACACCAAACUCUUUUUAGUCGCCUGGAAAGUUGUUAGAAAGAAUAUUGUUCUAAUGGAAAUGUUCAUGAAGGGUAAAAUGGGGAAAUUUUAAAUAAAAUCAAUGUUUUUUGUUUUUUUUAAUCUUUUCUAUAAUCGUAUGUUUAGUAAAUUACCAUAAUUUAAAUGAAAUUAUAAAUAUAAAUUAGAAAAUUUGAUAAACUAUAGUUUUCCUGUCCCUGUUACUGUCAAUCUUUAAAAAUCAUCAUGGCCCAAAUGUGUCUUCCUCCCCCUUUGUUGCAAUUAUCUUGAAUCUCCCAAUACCACAUCAUUUUUAUGGUUAUAAAGCAGUCCAUAGACCUGUUCACUCUUAUGGUAAAUUACUAUUUUGAGACUAUAUUGUACUUUUUGGGGUUUUACAGUGUAACCAGGUCUGAGUUCAUUUCUUGCAAACUAUGGUAAUUUCUUGACCUACUUCAAGAUCCCCUGUGUGUCACAAGAAUAAGUCAUGAAGUUUAAAUAAAUUCAGCAUUUUGUUCGCCUAAACUUUUCAGAUUUUAGUUUGCAAUAGUUUACUCCAAUGUAAACAUAACAGUUGCUUGCUAAUAUACUCUAGUUAAUAACUCUGAGUCAGUGCGUCUUUUAAUUUAUAAUUUCCAUAUUUCUUAAUAUAUAUUUUGGGCCAUCCAUAAGUAAAGUCACACAUUUAAGGGGAGGGGGUUGGUGAGAGAGCUUAGGUUUCUGAAUUUUGUGACGAUUGAAGAAAAAAUUGGGGGGGGGGGGUUAAAAAUGUUGAAAAUGUUGCAUUAUCCUACUAUUUGUAGAAAGUAUGCAUGUCACUGCCGCCAUAAAUUUUACUUAAUAUGGUUGUUGCAUUUUUAAGUUAAAGUUGUUGUUUUUUUUUACUUAAUUUACCAAUGACUGAAAUAUUAUAUGUUUAAAAAAAAUUAAUUUUAAUAAAUUUACUUUCUACAAAAUUUUUUCAACAAAUAUAGACCCACUAUUUUCCUAGAAUGUAUUUUGUAGUUGGACUUUUGAAGGCUUUUGUUUUACUUAUCUUUGAUUUCUUUUGUCUGACUUAUACUUGUAUUAAGUGAUUUUUUGCUUGUUUUUAUUUUAAUAGAUGGGCCUGCAUCGCUAUAAAUAUACUGUUUAGCAAAUAAUUUACAUAUUAUAUUUGGCAGAUGCUGUGAAGAAGUUGAAGAGGUAAAUAAGCUUGUGGCCUUGAAUGUUAAGACAAAUCGAAAUAUUGAAGUUGAAGCUACAUCAAAUCAACAAAAUGAAUGGGAAAAAGUGGUGGAUAAUAUUGAUUUCAAAAUCUGGCGUCGUCUAAUUCCUAACUCUAAUCUCUAUCAAUACAGAGGUAAUUAAUCAACAAUUUGUGCUGUUUUUGAUAUAUCUUUUUUAAAAUCUCAUAGCUGGUUUUAAAAAUAUUUUCAGUGUUUGGGAUAACUUAAAUUAAAAUGAUUUUAAUUUCAUAAAAAAUUGUACAUACUUUUUCAGUAUUUGGAGAGUUUAGUGAUAUUCCUCCAAGGGCUUUCUACAAUACCCAGGUAACUAUUAUUGCUACUAUUUUUUAAGAAAGUUUUUUAAAUGUUAAAGUACUAUUUUUACUAUAUUGUGUUUUUGAAGUUAAGAACAAUAUGUUACAAUAGAUAUUCAUGUAUGAAAGGAUAUAUCCAUCAGUUUUUAUUUAAAUUCACUUGCAACAGGUUGAUGUUGAUUAUUGGAAAGACUGGGACAAGAACACUUUAGAAGUUCACAUCGUAGAUAAAGAUGAUAAAACAGAGUCUGAAGUUGUUCAUUGGAUUUACAAAUUCCCUGUAAGUCAUACGAUGUCUGCUAAGCAAUUACAAGUUUUUAUUUAGCAUUAAAAAUAUGUUAUCUGCUUUUUGCUUGGGAUAAUAUAGAAACAAAAUGUUAAAGACAUUGUUAAUACCUAUGUUACAAUUUUAAAUUUGUAUUUUGGAACGUACCUAUUUAUUGUUAAAGUAUUUUCUAAGAAGAGCUGCUGCAUCUCUCUGCAAUUGAUUCCCAUUUAUCCCAACGUUUAACCUACGUUUCUAUUUCUAGAGUGUAUGAGUAUUAAGGUUAAGAAGUUAAUAUAUGUGACCUCUGUGUGCCACAAUAAUAUGAAAGUUAACUUGUAAAAUUUUGGCCAUCUCCAGUAUCCUAUGUUUCCACGAGACUAUGUCUAUGUGCGUCGCUGCAAGGUGUGUACAACUAUUUUAAAGAUACUCGAUAAGAUUAAUUAAAUAUUAAAUUCUCACUUUAAAAAGAAGUUAUAUUGUAUUAAAAUGGAAAAUAAAAUAAUACAUUUACAAGUUGUUUUUUUUAAAGUAUGUUGAUUUGACAGGAUGCCUUCGAUUGAUGACUGGCAGCAUCUGUAUGUUUUAAUGUGUACCAUUAUAUUAUUGUUCAUUGCCUGAAAACUUAUUCUAUAAAAGAAAUAAAAUGCAAGUGUUAUGGACAAGAAUGUUUAUAGCAUUAUUAAUACAUGUAAAAAAAAAUUCACAAACUGUUAAUGUUACAUUAGGUGGAUGUAAGUACUGGGACAAUGGUAAUUACAGCCCGCUCAACAGAACAUCCCAGCUGUCCACAGACUGAUGCCUGUGUAAGGGUUGCAACAUAUUGCUCACAGAUGAUUAUUAAGCCAUACACUACAUUCGAUGAGGUGCAUUUAUAUUAUUUUUUUAAAAGUUGCUAUAAAUAGGUGGUAAAGACUUAUUGUAAAUUUAUCAUUGGCAUUUAAAGAAUUUGUGAUGAGGAUUUAAGAUAUUUAAAAAAUGAUAAAGGGAAGGAAUAACUUGGUGGUUGAUAAAUUUUAUCAACCACCAAGUUAUUCUUUCCCUUUAUCAUUUUUAACAAUGGAAAUAUAACUUAUUUUUUUUAUAUUGAAUUUUUCAAUGCAUUUCACCAAAAAUUACAACUUAAAAAGCCUUACUCUGAAACUUUAAAUGAAAUAAAAUAAUUUUAUUUUGCAGAAUGGUUUUCAUUAUGUCAUGACAUACUUUGAUGACCCACAGACCAAUUUCCCUCCUAUGUGCUACAACUGGUUAGCUAGUACAGGUAGAGUUGUUAACAUUUUUCACCAUCUAUGAAAGAAGGCAUUUUAUAAAAAUAUGUAGAAACAUCUGCUUACCUAAUGCUAGUUUCCAGAGAUAAGAAUCAACAGGGCACUGAACUCGAGAAUUAUACUAGCUAAAAAAAGUAAGAAACCAGUGCCAUAAAUACAAAGUUUUCUUAUUCAUAAUAUAAAAUAUAAUUGAGAAAUGUGUAAUUUUGUUCUGUCAGUUUAUCAUUUAGCCUCAUAUUCAUAAGCUCAGCAAGAUAAUUAACAAUCUUGAAUGGUUUUCAUUCCAUUGGAUGGGAGUUCUUUGUCCAAUCCGUUUGUUGUAAUAAGUUCUAUAAUCUUGUUAGUUAAAUGUCCUUCUGUAGCACAACUGAAGCUAGUUAAUUGUUUCAUGGACUAAGUGAAGUAAAUGACAGAUUGUUGGUUUUUUCAUUCUGUCCUUUGUGUAUGAUUCUUCCUUUAGGUGUGCACGAGUUUCUGGAAAAGGUUCAUAAAGCUGCUAGAAAGAAGCAUGAAAGGAGCACAGAAUCUGCAGCAACACGAAUGGAAAAAACUUCUGGCAAUUUAUAUUCAAACAUUGUUCAUCAUCAGUAACCUUUAUUUAUUUGCAGUGCUUUUUAAUUUAGUCUUAUCCAAUAAGAUUUUUUUUCUAAAAAUCAGCCUAAAAAUUAUAUUUGUUUGUUAGCAGUGUGAUAUUUAGCUUUUUAUUCCACUGUUCUGUAAAACAAAUUGUGAUGAAAUUUGUUACAGGCCUCAAAAACAGUGCUAUUGGUUUAGAUUUUUUAAAGUGAUUUGUAUACUUUUUAAAAAUUUGAGCUUCUAGAAUGUUGUGUGAAAUAAAUAUUUAUUUAUGAAAGAAAUUUAUGUAAAUAAAAUACUUGCUACUGGUACAAGAGAAAAGAUCAACAUAAAAGUUGUAAUAUUCUUUAUUAUUAAGAUGAUUGAUUGUGUGCUUCUCUCUGAAACGUUCAUUAGUGCUAAUGUUAGGUGACAUGUUUUUGGUAUCUUGAUAUGCAUGUUAAAUAUUUUUGUUAAUGCUACUAUUGUUCUACUAGAAAAUUACUACUGGGCAGACAUACACUAUUUCAUAAUUUUCAACCACAUAGUUUUACAUAGCUUAAAAGUAUUUGAUUGGUGGACUUAAUAUAUCCACAAGUUGUAUUCAUCAUCAUAUCAUCUUCCUAAAGACCCCUUUUUUUUCUCUUCCAAAAAAGUUUUUUCCUUUUAAAAGUAGUACUUACAAAGUAUUUUAUCAAAGUAAUUGAUUCAUUUAAUUAGUUGAUUAUUAUAAUUGCAUUUUAAUUUCUGAUUACAUGGGGCAUUAUUUUGGCUAUUUAUUGCUUAGCAGAGCUAAUAGUUGAGAUAUGUUGAAAUAGGGAUUUUUCGAACAAUGCAUUUAAAAUUGUUCUUUAAAUUUAAGUCACAUUUUUAUACAAAAUUCUUAUUCAUAUUAAGGUUAAAAUGUUUUGUUUCGUCCUUUGUUUUAGUCUUUAUUGAAUUCCUCUGUGUGUUGAUUUUCACAAAAGUGGAGGGAAGUGUUAUUUAUAUUUUUCAAUGUGAAUUUAUUGCAUGAUGUAUCAAAGUGCUUAAGUCUUUUUUAACCAGGAAUAAAGUUAUGUGUCAUUUGAACCUUUAUUUCUUAAGAAUACAUUCCUACCUUUUAAGAAUAAAUUACUUUAUGGAUCAAUGAGCCAGAAAGUUAGGAAAUCUGUUUUGAAAUCCAAAUUAAACUUUUAUUUUUGAGGAAUAUAUACCAAAUUUUUGCGCUCAACAAAUCCAUGUUGUAGAGUAGUGCCAUCCAACCAGCUGAUAUUAAAUGGCCCAUCUAAGGUUGUGAGAGCACUGGAGAAAUUGUAACAUAGAAAAGGGGGAUGUCACAAAAGCUAAGGAAUGAUAUGGCUUGACAUGUAGCAUUAAUUUAUGUUAAGUUUAUCAGCAAAGCAACCAUUUGGGAACCUGGGUGACAUCUUUCUGUUGCUUGUACAUUGUAUGCUUCACGCGGCUUCGGAUAUAAUUACUGAAGGCCUUGGGAAAGAUGAGUAGGGAAACCCAAAAGGAAAUUGAUGUGUGGCUAGUUGUUCAUCUCCCGAUAAAUGGGACCAAGUUAGAUGAAAUAGAUAGGUUAGCACUGCGACAUAACUACUGUGCUUUUUGGGCUGAUAAUAUGACAGGGAAAAUGUUCGGUAAGAGUAAUCCAGAUGGGAGCUGGGGUGUCUCAAUAUAUAACAGCGUUGGGCAGUGUGAAAAACAUAUUUUUAACAGGUAGUCUAGCCAGGUAUGGGAGAGUAUGUGUCCAUCCUGUAUUGUUGUGACGUUGGGAACAAGUACCUGAUAUUCAGAAAAGAGUAUGAGACGUUUAAUGGGUAGAAAGCAAGAUACACGAUGUGUUUGUAGUUAAUUCAGCCAGGGUGGAAUGGUGAGACAGAAAUUAUUCCUGAAAUUAUUUUUGUUUAUAAUCAAACAAAAUGCAUAGCCAAAUAAAUUCUGGAUGAUGUACGUUUCUUCUGAUUAAUUUCUCCAAAUAUGGAAAUGUAACAAAAUUUUAACUAUGUUUUUGGAAGCAUCCUACAUCAUUGAAACUUGAUUCUCUGUAAUGACUAACAUCAAGUCCAAAAAACACAAUGUUUUGACUGGUGAACAUUUAGAAAAUCUAAUGAGAGUAGGUGAUAUUGAUAACUACCUCAAAUUAAGAACAGCAAGUACAGUUCAAAGCGAAAUAUUUCAUUUAAGAGGGCUACUGUUUUUCUUCGCUUUAUUUCUAUUCCUAAUGAGCUGGUAAUGUUAUAUGACUCUUUGGGCAUAAGGUAAGAAGUAUUAAAAUAAAAUAAUUUUCUAAAAAAUAAAAAAAAAAUUCUUUUGAAAUGUCAUUUGCAGCCCUCUGGUUAAUGGUUUUCAAUUUUUCUUUUUGGCCCGCAUAUAGGAAAAGGUUGGACAGCACUGCUAUUAGUGCUAUAGAGAAAUUGCAACGAAAUCUUCAGCUGUGUGUUUGUUUUGUUUAUUAUAUUUUGAUAUUUCAAUUAACUGGAAAGAAAGGAUGUUAAUUGCACUGAGCUGAAUUUGUAAUGGUUUGGGAAAUCUGUGUAGAUAGCACAAAUACUUAAAUCUUUGAGUACGCUUUUAUUUUAGUUUUCUUAGUAACACCACAUUAUAAACUGGUUAGCCAUUUUAAACAUGGUUCACCAACUGCUCUAUUAUUAUCUAUAAUUUAUAAUCAUACUCAUGACUUGUGUGUAACGUAACAUGAUAGUUUUGACAAUAUAUUAAUAAUUAUAAUAUUAAUAAUAUUGUUUUAAAAAUUUUAGAUAUUUUUAAAAAUUUUGUUUAGAAAAGUUAACUGCAAUUUUUUUAAAAGCUUUAUAUUAUUAGUAAUGAGGACUUUACUUCCAUUGUGGUAGCAUAAACAUAAAACCACAAAAUGAAACACAGUAGAGCCAUUAUAAAUUUGUGUCAUGAAAUGCUUUAAAAUAUGUUAAAAGAACAGUUUGUGUUAAAAAAAACAUACUGCACUAUUUCAUCAUAUUUCAAUGGCAUCUUGACAAAACAAGGCUUAGAUUUAGAUUUGCCUUUCAUGAAGCUAUUCAAGUUUAUGUUCUUGUUUGAAGUUCCUACCAUUCAAAAUUUCAUUAAAAAAAACGAUUCUUAACAGGAACUUUCAAAAUGUUGUCUUUCUG